AUGUCUAACAAAUACAACGCCACUGAACGACUUGCUAAGCUUUUGAUGCUCGCUGGAGUGACCAAAUUGCCCAUGCACCUGAUUAACAGGUUGAAAUGGGAUCUGGGUCUUCCUCAUAAUAUUGUGGGUACCCUUCUUGCUGAUUUUCCUGACUACUUUGAGGCUUGUGAAGUUGGGGAUGCAGUAACUGGUAAAGUAGAGAUUGCUUUGGGUCUUGUUUGUUGGAGAAAGGAGCUUGCUUUCUCUCAAUUGGAGAGAAGGCCAAUAAUGGGCUGUGCCCCGAAUGCAAAAUUAUCGAAGCACAUUGGGUUUCCAAUGAAUUUUCCCAAAGGGUUUGAUUUGGAGAAGAGGGUGAAGGAUUGGGUUGAGGAAUGGCAGGCAUUGCCAUACAUUUCGCCAUAUGAAAAUGCAACCCAUCUUUCACCAAAUAGCGAUCAGGCGGAGAAGUGGAUGGUGGCAAUGCUUCAUGAGGUUCUUUGGCUUAUGAUUUCCAAGAAGACGGAGAGGGAAAAUUUGUUUGUUUUGGGAGAGUAUUUGGGGUUCGAAAGGUCGAGGUUAAAAAAGGCUGUGGUGCAUCACCCAGGAAUAUUCUAUGUUUCAAAUAAAAUUAGGACACAAACUGUGGUCCUAAGGGAGGCAUAUAGGAAGGACUUCUUGAUUGAGAAGCACCCAUUAAUGGGUAUGCGAUUUCCAUCUGCUGAUGGUGGCGGUAUAGAAGAAGAACUAGGAGAGCAGAGUGGGAAUGGCUCUUCAGAUGCUGCGUUUUAA